CCUCUCCUCCCUACCGGUAUUGGAGCGCAAGCCGGCUGGUUUUACUUGAUGCUCUUGCCGGUCUCUUGUCUCCAGCACUAUGCUCGCUAUGCUACCCGUGGUCCAGAAUAACAGCAGGUUGGGCCGCCUUCUUUCAACGCUCUACGUCACAUUCAGCUUCCUAGUAAGCGAAUUCAAAUAGAAUAGAGCCCCAUCUUCCCGCAACACUGACAAGGUCAGCGACCAAGGACCACAUACCACAUUUGGGGAUAGACCGCGCCUAUAUUCGCAAAAGUAAACAGUGAGCGCUGAGAGCCAGCUGGGUCAGAGAUGCCACCCCCUGCCGCAGGCCCCCCAGCAGUGACCCCUCCGGACGGGGGCUGGGGCUGGGCCGUGGUCCUGGGAUCCUUCAUCUCCAUCGGCUUCUCCUACGCCUUCCCCAAGGCCAUCACUGUCUACUUCAAGGACAUACAGAAGAUCUUCGACUGCUCCUACAGCCAGAUAGCAUGGAUCUCCUCCAUCAUGCUGGCCGUCAUGUACGCAGGCGGUCCCAUAAGCAGUGUACUGGUAAACACAUAUGGCUGCAGACCUGUCAUGAUCAUGGGGGGAGUGCUGUCUUCUAUCGGGUUGAUAUCCGCUUCCUUCUGCAACAGCGUGGUAGAGCUUUAUGUUUGCAUCGGUCUUAUAGGAGGCCUGGGCCUAGCCUUUAACCUUCAGCCAGCCCUGACUAUGAUUGGCAAGUACUUCUAUAAGAAGCGUCCCAUCGCUAACGGAAUAGCCAUGGCCGGUAGCCCAGUGUUCCUGAGCAGCCUAGCCCCUUUCAACCAGUACCUGUUCAACUCCUUCGGCUGGAGGGGCAGCUUCCUCAUCCUGGGGGGCAUACUGCUCAAUUGCUGUGUGGCUGGCGCCCUGAUGAGGCCCCUGGGGCCACCGCUGGGCAAAAUCAAGAAGGAUGAGGAGUUGGUCGUUGCCAAAACCACCACCAAGAAGAAGGAGACGACCACUUGUUUGGGGACUGUCAACAAGUUCAUUGACCUGUCGCUUUUCAAGCACCGCGGUUUCCUCAUCUAUCUGUCGGGCAACGUCAUCAUGUUCUUGGGCUUUUUCUCGCCAAUCGUCUUCCUGACGGCCUAUGCCAAGGACAUAGGCGUGGACGAGUACUCGGCCGCCUUCCUGCUCUCCAUCCUGGCCUUCGUGGACAUGUUUGCCCGGCCCUCCAUGGGGCUCCUGGCCAACUCCAAGUGGAUCCGGCCCAGGAUCCAGUACUUCUUCAGCUUCGCCGUGCUCUACAACGGGGUGUGCCACAUCCUCUGCCCCCUGGUGGAGAGCUACACAGGCCUGGUGGUGUACGCCGUGUUCUUUGGUUUUGCGUUCGGCAUGGUCAGCUCGGUGCUGUUUGAGACCCUGAUGGACCUGGUGGGGGCUCAGAGGUUCUCCAGCGCUGUGGGGCUCACCACCAUUGUGGAGUGCUGCCCUGUCCUCAUUGGUCCACCCCUGGCAGGUAAACUGGUGGACAUCACCAAAAACUACAAGUACAUGUAUUUCUGCUGUGGGGCUGUGGUGAUUAUGGCCAGUAUUUGGCUGUUCAUCGGCAACUUCAUCAACUACAGACUCCUGGCCAAGGAGCGCAAGCAGGAGGAGAUGUACAAACGGACUGAAACCGAAGACCCUGACCGGGACCAGGACCAAAAGGAGACAGACGGGGACGCCCAGGCCUUGGAGGACAUGGUAGACCCCAAAGAUGAGGACGCCAUGCAGAGGGAGACCAACAUCUAGAGCCCCUCCCUACUGCCAACCACACCCCCCUCCACCACCACCCUCACGUCCCCCUCUGCCACUAUCAAACUGCAGACUGAGCUCAAGUGGGGUGCCUCCUGGUCUUUCACUCUCCAGGGUUCCGCUCGGGGGCCUCCCCGCAGGGGCCCCUUUGUUUCAGAGACACUCAAACUGCCAAAGUAACAACGACAACCAUGUCGUGGGAUACUGCGAGGCGUAUUGCUGGAGGAAGGGGUGACUGCCCUGACUGCUACUCAAACAUCAGACUAGCCGGAUAUAAUGGUGUAAGAUACAGAUCGCAUGUUAGGAAGCCACAAGGCUUGGAAUAUGAGAAAGAAGCUUUUGUCGCGUAUCUAGGAAUCUGUGAAAUGCGACCUGUCGACAGAAAUCUAGUACUGCUCAUGUAUUUAGUCUGUGACACUAAACCUACCACACCAGCAACCCAAUUCAACUGUUCUGAUUGAAAUCAAUACAGGUUAAUAUCCCAGUUUCCUAUGCUGGGAGCUGACAUGCGAGGACACAUAAUGUCUGUUAUUACCAGGGUUAUGGUGAGAGACAUAUCAUUGCAACACAGGAACAGAGAUGAGUUCAUGGUUUGGUGGCUCCAGUGACCAUGUAUUAUUACUGUCCUUUAGCGCACUGUGUCCGUUGUGUUCGUUAGCUAAACCUGCACAACUGCCAAGCUUCUAAUCUAACGAUAACACACCCGCUGUUUUAUUCACUAUUGCAUAUUGCACAUGGAGUCCGUAUACGCUGCACUACUUCUAAACCGGCCAUGUUUAGGCCUCAUCCAAAACAACAAUGAAACAAAUGCAAUUUAAUCAUAUUUAAUGAGGUUGAAUGUAAAUUCGUUUUAUUGGCUGUAUUUUCAAUGGCCUUAUUAAGAAUACUUGAUAUUCACAAUCAAAAUCAUCUAGAAAUGUGCAUAUUGCUGGUUUAUACCAAAUAAAGAAUCCAUGAGCAAUAUAACCUAUUCCUAGCCAUUGUUUUGAUGUACGUAUAUACAGGGAUAUUUAUUUGUGUAGUCAAUGGUCAUUUCUGGGAGUAGCUGUUUAACUUUCCCCAAUGAUACAUUGCCUUAUGUAAAGAAUGCAUCUAAGUUGUGUCAUAUAUACAGUACCAGUCAAAAGCUACUCAUUCAAGUGUUUUUCUUUAUUUUUACUAUUUUCUACAUUGUAGAAUAAGAGUGAAGACAUCAAAACGAUGAAAUAACACAUAUGGAAUA